UGGUCGCCGGGCGGCCCGACUCGGCCGGGAGACGCGGGCGCCGCGGGGGGACGCCGAGCCCGGGCGCCGCCGGCCAGCGCGGGAGCCGCGGCGGGGUGGCCGCGGGGAGAUGGGAGCACUGAGGCCCGAGAGCCGUGGUGGGGCUGUGUAAGGGUGCGGAGGAGCAGGAGCUCGCUGGGAGUGCUCACGUCUCGGGCACAGCCCUUGCUCCGAUCCCCCCACCGGCGAACAGCAUGCACCAUCCCCGGAGCUCCCCGAUGACCUUCGGUCUCCUGCCCAGCCCCCCCAGGAGGCCCUGAUGCCCUGGGGCACUUCUGCGGUGCACAGGACCACGUGGGGGUUUGCAAUGGUGACAUAAAGGGGCGCAGAGGCAGGAAGGAGCGCACCCAGCCUGCAGACUGUGCCCCCGGCUGAGGAAGGGCCGGGGCCUGGACCCUCCGUUCCCGCUGCCCGCUCAGGGCCUCCUCCGCGACGUCUCUGUGACUCUGUUGCUCCGUGGACGACUCUGCGCAGGCCCUCGGGGUGGCCAGGGCGGCCGGACUCUGGCGGCCGAGGCCUGGGGGCCAGGAUGCCCGCCCUGGCGUGCCUCCGCAGGCUGCGUCGGCACCUGUCCCCCCAGGCCGUGCUCUUCUUGCUCUUCGUCUUCUGCCUGUUCAGCGUCUUUGUCUCCGCCUACUACCUGUAUGGCUGGAAGCGGGGCCUGGAGCCCUCGGCGGACGCCGUGGAGCUGGACAGUGGCGGUGGCGGCGGCGGAGGCGGGGGCGGCGGGGACCCCCCACCCGUGGCCCCCAGCCGCCUGCUUCCCCUCAAGCCCGUGCAGCCGGUCACCCCUUCCCGCACGGACCCCUCGGUGCUGGUGUUUGUGGAGAGCCUCUACUCCCAGCUGGGCCAGGAGGUGGUGGCCAUCCUGGAGUCCAGCCGCUUCAAGUACCGCACCGAGAUCGCGCCGGGCAAGGGCGACAUGCCCACCCUCACCGACAAGGGCCGCGGCCGCUUUGCCCUCAUCAUCUAUGAGAACAUCCUCAAGUAUGUCAACCUGGACGCCUGGAACCGGGAGCUGCUGGACAAGUACUGUGUGGCCUACGGCGUGGGCAUCAUCGGCUUCUUCAAGGCCAACGAGAACAGCCUCCUGAGCGCCCAGCUCAAGGGCUUCCCCUUGUUCCUGCACUCGAACCUGGGCCUGAAGGACUGCAGCAUCAACCCCAAGUCCCCGCUGCUCUACGUGACGCGGCCCAGCGAGGUGGACAAGGGUGUGCUGCCCGGCGAGGACUGGACGGUCUUCCAGUCCAACCAUUCCACCUACCAGCCGGUGCUGCUGGCCAAGACGCGCUCGUCCGAGUCCAUCCCGCACCUGGGCGCCGACGCAGGCCUCCACGCCGCGCUGCACGCCACGGUGGUCCAGGACCUGGGCCUGCACGACGGCAUCCAGCGCGUGCUCUUCGGCAACACCCUCAACUUCUGGCUGCACAAGCUGAUCUUCGUGGACGCCGUGGCCUUCCUCACCGGCAAGCGCCUCUCGCUGCCCCUGGACCGCUACAUCCUGGUGGACAUCGACGACAUCUUCGUGGGCAAGGAGGGCACGCGCAUGAAGAAGGAGGAUGUGAAGGCCCUGUUCGAUACGCAAAACGAGCUGCGGACACACAUCCCGAACUUCACCUUCAACCUGGGCUACUCAGGGAAAUUCUUCCACACAGGUACUGACGCCGAGGACGCGGGGGACGACCUGCUGCUGUCGUACGUGAAGGAGUUCUGGUGGUUCCCGCACAUGUGGAGCCACAUGCAGCCGCACCUCUUCCACAACCAGUCGGUGCUGGCUGAGCAGAUGGCCCUGAACAAGAAGUUCGCUGUCGAGCAUGGCAUUCCCACCGACAUGGGCUACGCCGUGGCGCCCCACCACUCGGGCGUGUACCCUGUGCACGUGCAGCUCUACGAGGCCUGGAAGCAGGUGUGGGGCAUCCGGGUGACCAGCACCGAGGAGUACCCCCAUCUAAAGCCAGCCCGCUACCGCCGUGGCUUCAUCCACAACGGCAUCAUGGUCCUUCCACGGCAGACCUGCGGCCUCUUCACGCAUACCAUCUUCUACAGCGAGUACCCGGGGGGCCCCGGCGAGCUGGACAAGAUCAUCAACGGCGGCGAGCUCUUCCUCACCGUGCUCCUUAACCCGAUCAGCAUCUUCAUGACGCACCUGUCCAACUACGGCAACGACCGUCUGGGCCUGUACACCUUCCGGCACUUGGUGCGUUUCCUGCACACCUGGACCAACCUGAGGCUGCAGACGCUGCCCCCCGUGCAGCUGGCCCAGAAGUACUUCCAGAUCUUCUCUGAGGAGAAGGACCCACUCUGGCAGGACCCCUGUGAGGACAAACGCCACAAAGACAUCUGGUCCAAGGAGAAGACAUGUGACCGCUUCCCAAAGCUCCUCAUCAUUGGCCCCCAGAAAACAGGCACCACGGCCCUAUACCUGUUCCUCGGCAUGCACCCGGACCUCAGCAGCAACUACCCCAGCUCCGAGACAUUCGAGGAGAUCCAGUUCUUCAACGGGCACAACUAUCACAAAGGCAUUGACUGGUACAUGGAGUUCUUCCCUAUCCCCUCCAACACCACCUCUGAUUUCUACUUCGAGAAAAGCGCCAACUACUUUGAUUCGGAAGUGGCGCCCCGGCGGGCAGCUGCGCUGCUGCCCAAGGCCAAAAUCCUGACCAUCCUCAUCAACCCCGCUGACAGGGCCUACUCCUGGUACCAGCAUCAGAGAGCCCACGAUGACCCAGUGGCCCUCAAGUACACUUUCCACGAGGUGAUCACGGCCGGGCCUGAGGCGUCGGUGAAGCUGCGUGCCCUCCAGAGCCGCUGCCUGGUGCCCGGCUGGUAUGCCACCCACAUCGAGCGCUGGCUCAGCGCCUUCCAUGCCAACCAGAUUCUGGUCCUGGACGGCAAGUUGCUGCGGACAGAACCUGCCAAAGUGAUGGACACGGUGCAGAAGUUCCUCGGAGUGACCAACACCAUCGACUACCACAAGACCCUGGCGUUUGAUCCAAAGAAAGGAUUUUGGUGCCAACUGCUUGAAGGAGGAAAAACCAAGUGUCUGGGCAAAAGCAAGGGCCGGAAAUACCCAGAAAUGGACUUGGAUUCCCGCACCUUCCUGAAGGACUAUUACCGGGAACACAAUGUGGAGCUGUCCAAGCUGCUGUACAAGAUGGGCCAGACCCUGCCCACCUGGCUGCGGGAGGACCUCCAGAACACCAGGUAGCCAUGGCCAGCACUGUCAGACACAACGUUGGUGACGGCAGGGACCUCCCGCCGCACGCUGAGCCAGACUGCGGCCUGCGGGUGGGGACCAGCCGGCCAGCAGCACUUAGCAAUACAACGUGGGCCUGGCAGGGGCAGCACCACGCGCACCGGGCGCCCAGCGUGGGCCUUUGGACCUCCGGCCACCAGAGGUUCAUGCUGUCCCCAGCCUGUCUCGGGGGCCACUUCCUGGUAAGAGGGAGUCGGAUGGAUCCUCUCUCUGUCCUCACUGUGUUCUCCCCAUCGUACCUGCCCUCAGUCCCUCAGUAUUAGCUGCCGGACUGUCCCUGUCCUCCAGACAGUGGGGGAGAAGCGCCCAGAGGGGGCUCUUGCCAAACCAGGGACAGAGACUGGACAUCUCCUGACUUGUUCCGAGCCAGGCCCUGCCGAGGGGCCCCGCCGAGUGCCAGGACACGACUCUGCAGAGUCCUGCUUAGACUCCCACAGCUCACCGUCCCUCAGGGGAGAGACCGUCUCUGGUUCCGACAGGGCCCGCUCCCAGGCCUUCCUCAGGACGGGGCCGCGGCUCACCACCACCCAGCCCUGGCCCCUUCUGCACUCUGGGAUAGGACGAUGACGACGACGACGAGAGUGGUGUUUCCUGUGGUUACAGACUGGCCGUCACACACCUGCCCAUGUACAUACGUGUCCCUCUGCCUCCCAGUGUGGCCCCGAGAGGCACUGGGCAUCGUGGGUGAGACCCAGCUGCCGCUUUGCCCAGCUACCACCGGCCAAGGAGUUCCGGACACCCCCUAACCUCCCCAAUACUAAGAAGCUAAAGUAUUUUAAUAAUCUGUUUUUUUUUCUUGGUGCCAGAGUUUAUACCUGGGUGCUGGGGUCACACUGUGUUUAAAGUGUAUAUAUAUAUAUACAUAUAUACACACACACACAUACACACACACAUACACACAUACACAUGUCUGUACCUAUAUAUGUGUGUAUAUGUAUGCAUAUGUAAUGUGUACAUAUAUAUUCUAUUUUUCGGUUGG